GGUUACUUCCGGUUUUGGUUUUUCAGCGUGUAAAAUUCGUUUUUGUGAAUAAAUAUAUUUCUUGUUGCAGAAUAACACACCAAGACAAUCAAGAUGCCUCGAAUAAUGAUCAAAGGUGGUGUUUGGAGGAACACUGAGGAUGAAAUCUUGAAGGCAGCUGUUAUGAAAUAUGGCAAAAACCAAUGGGCCAGAAUUGCAUCCCUGCUUCACAGAAAGUCGUCAAAGCAGUGUAAAGCCAGAUGGUAUGAAUGGCUUGAUCCGAGCAUCAAGAAAACGGAAUGGAGCCGAGAGGAGGAGGAGAAACUUCUCCAUUUGGCCAAGUUGAUGCCAACACAGUGGAGAACCAUCGCCCCCAUAAUCGGCCGGACUGCUGCACAGUGUCUGGAGCAUUACGAACUUCUGCUAGACAAAGCUCAGAACCGUGACGAAAGUGAGGAUGACCCACGCAAGCUGAAACCUGGUGAGAUCGACCCCAAUCCAGAAACCAAACCAGCCAGACCGGAUCCAGUGGAUAUGGAUGAAGAUGAGCUUGAAAUGCUGUCUGAAGCCCGAGCUCGUCUUGCUAACACUCAGGGCAAAAAGGCAAAGAGAAAGGCUAGAGAGAAGCAGCUGGAAGAAGCCAGGCGAUUAGCUGCACUUCAGAAGAGAAGAGAGUUGAGAGCUGCAGGAAUUGAAGUGAAACAAAAGAGAAGAAAAAAGCGUGGGGUCGACUACAACGCUGAGAUUCCAUUUGAAAAGAAACCAGCAUCAGGUUUCUAUGAUACCGCUGAAGAGACUUAUAAUCCUUUGGACCCUAACUAUAAGCGACUACGACAACAAAAUUUGGAUGGAGAACUUAGAAGCACCAAAGAAGAGAGAGAAAGAAGGAAAGACAAACAAAGACAGAAAAAGAGAAAAGAAAAUGACUUGCCUGGUGCUAUUGCUGCACAAACCAAUUUUACAGAACCUGUUAAGAAACGAAGUAAACUGGUUCUUCCUGAACCACAAAUAUCUGAAGCUGAACUUGAAGAGGUGGUGAAAGUGGGCCAGGCCAGUGAGUAUGCCCGACAGCAGGCUGAGGAAGCCGGGAGGGUGGACAGUGCUUCUAAAACACUGUUACAGGACUACAACACAACGCCCAAUUCCAUCAACCUCCGCACUCCGAGAACACCAGCCAGUCAGGAUACCAUUCUUCAGGAAGCCCAGAACAUCAUGGCGCUGACGAAUGUGGACACACCCCUGAAGGGUGGGCUGAACACUCCCCUGCAUGAGAGUGAUUUCAGUGGGGUCACACCGAGACACCAGACCCCUCACACCCCCAACACUGUCCUUGGUACACCUUUCAGAACACCAAGCUCCAUGACUGAUGGAGGACUGACACCGCGGAUGGGCAUGACUCCGAGACAGGGGGCCGGAGGAAUGACUCCACAGCAGACUCCAAUACGCGACAAACUCAACAUCAACCAGAUGGACGAAGAUGACAGUCAGCAGUUUGACAAAUUUCAUCAGAAGGACCUUAAAUCUCACCUGAAACAAGGUCUGGCAGGUCUACCCCAGCCUAAGAACGAUUACGAGAUCGUCGUCCCAGAAGACGAGAUGGCGGCUGGUACCGAGUCUGGCAAUGUUGAGAUGGUGUCGGACCAGGCCGAUGUCGACGAGGAGACCGAGCUGGAGAUCCAGCAGCAGCGACUACAGGAGAUGAAGCUGCGGUCCCAGGCCGUGCAGCGAGAACUGCCGCGACCCACCGACGUCAAUGCCAGUGUGCUCAGAGUGGUCAGCUCGCACGACCCACCACUGACGGAGCUACAGAAAGCUGAAGAAUUGAUUAAAAAGGAGAUGAUAACAAUGCUGCACUAUGAUGCUCUGUACUCCCCCACCCCCGGUCAGCUUGGCAUCGCCCCUGGAGCCAAGAAGAACACGCCUAGUCAGAAGGGAGUGCUGAACCAGGCCCAGCACUUGGCUUACCUUGAACAGAACUCGUAUGAAACGUAUUUGGAAGACGAACUCGAGCAGGCACAGUCCCUGCUUCAGAAGGAGAUGGAUGUGGUGAAGAAGGGGAUGAACCACGGUGACCUGACCCUGGAGGCAUUCUCCCAGGUGUGGGACGAGUGCUACUCACAGGUGCUCUACCUGCCCUCGCAGAACAGGUACACCCGCGCCAACCUCGCCAGCAAGAAGGACCGCAUUGAUUCUCUCGACAAACGCCUCGAGGCCAACAGAAACCAUAUGACCAAAGAUGCUAAACAGGCAGCAAAAAUGGAGAAAAAACUGAAAAUAUUACUUGGAGGUUAUCAGUCCAGAGCCCAAGGCUUAAUGAAGCAAUUUCAUGACCAGUACGAGCAGAUAGAACAGACUUUUGUGGAAUUGAAAACAUUUGAAAACCUCAGACAGCAUGAGAUUGGAGCCAUCCCCAAGAGAUUAGAGUCAUUAACGGAAGAUGUACAGCGACAAACGGAGAGAGAACGGGAACUGCAGAAGCGAUACAGCGAACUCCAGCAUAAAAAGGACAUUUUGUACAGAUGAGAGAAAGUGCGGCAGAUUGAUAAUUAACAAUCAUGACAUGUUACUGAUUUCUGUGAUCGAACACUGGAACAUUGGGUGGGGUGGGGCAGAAACACUAGUGUUUGUAGACUAAGUAAAGAUGUCUAAUGAAAUGAAAGUGUGUGUGUUCAACUCUGUACCAAAAGAAAGAAAACCGAGGCAUGUUCAGGAGGGUGAGCCAGCGACUGCUAGAUUGGUUUUUGCACCUAAUGUGAGAUGAAUGUGAUAUGAUAGAAGAUGAUAGUACCAGUCAAAUUAUUCCUGAGUGCCCAGCCUCCUGAACAAGCCACUGGUCACCACUUUGGUGAUUAUUAUUAUUAGAUGUAUUAGAUAACUUCCAAAUGGAUUGUGCUAAAAGUUGGGAUCUGAUGAUGUUAUUGUUUGUAACCUAAGACAUUUUAUGCAUUAAAUUCAGUGGUAGUAUAUUAAAACAUCCAGUGGUUUGUUAUUGUACACAUUAAAAUAAACAUGGGUUAUGUAUACAACCAGUAAUAUUACUGAACACAUUAAAUAGUUUAUUGAAGUUUGAACAUUAAACAAUGACUGUCACGUUACUGUGCACAUUCAAAUAGAUUAUUGUGUUUGUACCAAAUCAGAUAUAUUACUGUACAUAUUACCAUUGAUAUGAAUAAUGUUAAAAUUGAUCAUCAAUAAAAAAAAAAAAUAUAUACCCCUUAAGAUGGAUACUAACAUUGAAAAUGCUUUGGAGUCAUGCAGUGAUUGAUAUAUUCUGUAUAUUCUCAUUUGUAAAAAGGUUUUGUCAUUCCAGCAUAGAUAAAUCAAUUUCUGUAAACAAAUAACAUAUUACCUUUGACAUAAUUUUUGUUUUUAAAUUCUGCACCACAAAAAAAAAAAAAAAAAAAAAAAAAAAUUGAAAAUACAAAUUAAUUGUUGUUAAAAAAACAACAACCUCUAAACAGAUAACUAACAUUCAAAGUAUGUUUUGUAGUCAUGAAGUAAUUGAUAUAUUCUCUAUUUUCUCAUUUUUCACUCAAUCCUUGUAGAACUGUUUUUAUCAUUCCAACCUAGACAAAUCAAUUUCUAAAAUUAAGUUUUCAUAAACAGCAAAUACUUAUUUCUUGAAAUAAAGAAACUCAUCCAUCAAUUGAAAAAUGUGCAAAACGAAACUGGUGAGCAUAACCAUUUGUAAUACAUAUAGUCCUGUAAAUCCACCAGUUGUUGAAUUUCAGCAAUUUGACAUUACACAUUUCAAUUUUAUUAAAGCUAUUUGUGCAUUCAUUUUGUUUUAAUCAUAUCAGAGCAGUGAAGCUAAUUCCAGCUUCUUCAUUAUAUUAAAGGUGGUGAAAUGAAAAUAAAUGUGUUAUGUGAU